GUGUGUCCAUGAAGAGUGACUGGUCUAUGCCUCACCCUAUAACGUUUGGGGAUGGAGAGCAUAGCGAUGGACCAAGAGUUCAUCAGCAGAGAUCAGAGGGUCCUGGUGGUCAGUCUGCCCAGCAGCUUCAAACUCACCUGGACUCCAUAUUUAUGCUGCUGGAGGAGAACAUCGUUACUUUUGUGAAGAGUGAGCUGAAGAAGAUCCAGAUAGUCCUGACUUCAGAUUACCCAGAAUGCUUAGAGAGUCAGAGGGAGGAUGAGGAGGUGUUGGACGGUGAGGAUGAAGAGCAGAGGAGCAGCAGAGAGGCCUUUCUGAACAUCUCACUGCACUUCCUGAGGAGCAUGAAGCAGGAGGAGCUGGCUGACCGUCUGCAGAGCAUAACUGCUGCUGCAGUCUGCCGACGUAAACUCAAAUCCACCCUGAAGGAGAGGUUCCAGUGUGUGUUUGAGGGCAUCGCUAAAGCAGGAAACCAAACCCUUCUGAACCAGAUCUACACAGAGCUGUACAUCACAGAGGGGGGGUCUGCAGAGGUCAAUGCUGAACAUGAGGUCAGACAGAUUGAGACAGCAUCCAGGAAACCACACAGACCAGAAACAACCAUCAGACAAGAAGACCUCUUUAAAGCCUCACCUGGAAGAGAUGCACCAAUCAGAGCAGUGCUGACAAAGGGCGUGGCUGGCAUUGGGAAAACAGUCUUAACACAGAAGUUCACUCUGGACUGGGCUGAAGGCAAAGCCAACCAGGACAUCCAGUUCAUAUUUCCAUUCACCUUCAGAGAGCUGAACGUGGUGAGAGAGAACAAGUACAGCUUGGUGGAACUUGUUCAUCACUUCUUCUCUGAAACCAGAGACGCAGGAAUCUGCAGGUUUGAUCAGUUCCCGGUCGUGUUCAUCUUUGACGGUCUGGAUGAGUGUCGACUUCCUCUGGACUUCCUCAACACUGAGAUCCUGACUGAUGUCACAGAGUCCACCUCAGUGGAUGUGCUGCUGACAAACCUCAUCAGGGGGAAGCUGCUUCCCUCUGCUCGCCUCUGGAUAACCACACGACCUGCAGCAGCCAAUCAGAUCCCUCCUGAGUGUGUGGACAUGGUGACAGAGGUCCGAGGGUUCACUGACCCACAGAAGGAGGAGUACUUCAGGAAGAGAUUCAGAGAUCAGGAGCAGGCCGGCACCAUCAUCUCCCACAUCAAGACCUCACGAAGCCUCCACAUCAUGUGCCACAUCCCAGUCUUCUGCUGGAUCUCUGCUUCAGUUCUGGAGGAGGUGUUGAAAACCAGAGGGGGAGGAGAGCUGCCCAAGACCCUGACUGAGAUGUACAGCCACUUCCUGGUGGUUCAGUCCAAAGUGAAGAACAUCAAGUAUGAUGGAGGAGCAGAGACAGAUCCACACUGGAGUCCAGAGAGCAGGAAGAUGAUGGGGUCUCUGGGGAAACUGGCUUUUGAGCAGCUGCAGAAAGGCAACCUGAUCUUCUAUGAGUCCGACCUGACAGAGUGUGGCAUCGAUAUCACAGCAGCCUCAGUGUACUCAGGAGUGUUCACACAGGUCUUUAGAGAGGAGAGAGGACUGUACCAGGACAAGGUGUUCUGCUUCGUCCAUCUGAGCGUUCAGGAGUUUCUGGCUGCUCUUCAUGUCCAUCUGAUCUUCAUCAACUCUGGAGUCAACCUGCUGGCAGAAGAACCAACAACCUCCCAGAAGUCUGAAGAUGAAUCUGAACUAACAAAUCUCUACCAGAGUGCUGUGGAAAAGGCCUUAAAGAGUCCAAACGGACACCUGGACUUGUUCCUCCGCUUCCUCCUGGGUCUUUCACUGCAGACCAAUCAGAAACUCCUACGAGGCCUGCUGACAACAGGAAGUGUCUCAGAGAUAAAAAAGGAAACAGUCCAGUACAUCAAGAAGAAGAUAGAAGAGGAUCUGUCUCCAGAGAGAAGCAUCAACCUGUUCCACUGUCUGAAUGAACUGAAUGAUCGUUCUCUAGUGGAGCAGAUCCAACAGUCCCUGAGUUCAGGAAGUCUCUCCACAGAUAAACUCUCUCCUGCUCAGUGGUCAGCUCUGGUCUUCAUCUUACUGUCAUCAGAAGAAGAUCUGGACGUGUUUGACCUGAAGAAAUACUCUGCUUCAGAGGAGGCUCUUCUGAGGCUGCUGCCAGUGGUCAAAGCCUCCAGGAAAGCUGUGCUGAGUGGCUGUAAGCUGUCAGAGAGAAGCUGUGAAGCUCUGUCCUCAGUCCUCAGCUCCCAGUCCUCUAGUCUGAGAGAUCUGGACCUGAGUAACAACGACCUCCAGGAUUCAGGAGUGGAGAACCUGUGUGCUGGACUGGAGAGUCCACUCUGUGAACUGGAAACUCUCAGUCUGUCAGGAUGUAUGGUCACAGAGGCAGGCUGUGGAGCUCUCUCCUCAGCCUUGACAAUCAACCCCUCCCAUCUAAGAGAGCUGGACCUGAGCUACAAUCAUCCAGGAGGUUUUGGGGUGAAUGCUCUGGUUGUUCAACAGGAGGAUCCACACUGGAGACUGGACACUCUCAGGGUGGACCAUUAUGGAGAUCAGAUGUUAGAACCUGGUCUGAGGAAGUAUGCCUGUGAACUCACACUGGACACCAACACAGCACACAGAUACCUCAAACUGUCUGACAGUAACAGGAAGGUGACACAUGUGGAGGAAGAGGAGCCAUAUCAUUAUCAUCCAGAGAGGUUUGACUACUAUCCUCAGCUGAUGUGUAGAGAAUCUCUGACUGGUCGCUGUUACUGGGAGGUCGAGUGGAGAGGAGGGGUUUAUAUAUCAGUGACUUACAGAGGAAUCAGCAGGAGAGGAGACAGUGAGGACUCUCAGUUUGGAGGGAAUGAUCAGUCCUGGAGUCUGGUCUGCUCUGAUGAAGGUUACUCUGUCAUGCACAUUAACAAAGAAACAGGCCUGUCUCUCUCCUCCUCCUCCUCCUCUGGUAGAGUAGCAGUGUAUCUGGAUCAUCCUGCUGGCUCUCUCUCCUUCUACAGAGUCUCCUCUGACACACUGACCCACCUCCGCACCUUCAGAACCACAUUCACUGAACCUCUGUAUGCUGGGUUUGGGUUCUGGUCAUUAAACUCCUCAGUGUCUCUGUGUCCUCUGUAGGAGGAGACCACUUCCUGUCCUGUUGUAAUGUCCCUGGUCUCGGGGGACAUUACAUGAGUGAAGCAAGAGGUAUCUUCCAGUCGUGUGGUUAACAUGUUGGUCGUGACGCGGCUACACUUUGGUUGUGCCUUUACAGGAGAAGCAGCAUUUAGUUAUAAUGCUCCGUAUAUCUGCAGAAUCUCCCAGUAAUCAAGUGUCUCACUCUUUUUAAUAAAUGUUUUUUCUAUGUA